UUCCUGCUAGGUCGGGUCGCUUCCUCGCGCUGGGCUGGACGCAAGGAGAGGGCUUCUGCGGGCUGUGCGGGCGCAGGAAGCGGAGCGAGGCUGCCGACUGCGAGCCGGAGGCUGCGGGGCUGCAGUGCGAUGAAGCAGUGGCUCAGCGAGCGGAGGCUGGCGGUGUGGCGCGACGGGCCGGCCCGGGGCCGGGGCUGCUGCUCCGGAGGCUGCUGAGGCGCCGCGGCUGCCGGCGCGGAGAGCGGCAGGCGAGAGGGAGGAGAGGCAGCGGAGCGCGGGGAAGCCGGCGGGGCGGCAGGCGUCUCUGGUUGGCCUCCCCGGUCGGGAUCCCCCCGGUGGAACCAUGCGGGUGGCCAAGUGGCUGACGGGGCUGCUCUACCAGCUGUCGCUCUUCAUCACCAGGUCUUGGGAAGUUCACUUCCACCCCAGGCAGGAAGCCUUGGUGAGGACACUGGCCUCCUACGAAGUGGUGACCCCCGCGCGGGUCAAUGAGUUCGGCGAAGUGUUCCCAAAGAGCCACCACUUCAGCCGGAGGAAGCGCAGCGCCGAGGCGCUGGAGCCCACGCCGUUCAGGACCCACUACCGAAUCCGCGCCUACGGCCAGGUCUUCCAGCUGAACCUGAGCGCCGACGCGGCCUUCCUGGCUGCCGGUUACACCGAGGUGCACUUGGGAGCCCCUGCGCUCCGGGCUGAGGAGCGCCGCACGGCGCCCCCAGACCUGCGCCACUGCUUCUACCGCGGCCAGGUCAAUGCUCGGGAGGAUCACACAGCCGUCUUCAGCCUUUGUGGAGGCUUGAUGGGAACAUUUAAAGCACAUGAUGGUGAAUAUUUCUUAGAACCUAUAAUGAAGGCAGAUGGGAGUGAACAUGAAGAUGAUCAUAACAAGCCCCAUCUUAUAUACAGACAGGAAUUAAAGAGGAGCUAUUUCCUGCAGUCUCACAAGCCUUGUGAAGUUUCAGAAAGUCAAAUAAAGAAAACCACUUUACCCUUUCAUAACUACAGUGACAUGAAUGAAGAUCUUAAUAUAAAGGAGGAAAUAGUUUUAGGAGACUCUUCAAAAAAUAUAUCAUUGAAAGAUGAAAGAAGUCAAUUACAUUCCAGGAAAAAACGUUUUUUAUCGUAUCCAAGAUACGUGGAAGUUAUGGUUACAGCUGAUGCUAAAAUGGUUCAUCAUCAUGGACAGAAUUUGCAGCACUACGUACUAACUCUAAUGUCAAUUGUUGCAGCGAUCUACAAGGACUCAAGUAUUGGAAAUCUUAUAAACAUAGUAAUUGUAAAAUUAGUUAUAAUUCAUGAUGAACAGGAAGGACCAGUCAUCAGUUUUAAUGCGGCUACCACGUUACGCAACUUCUGUUUAUGGCAGCAAACUCAGAAUGUUCUAGAUGAUGCCCACCCAUCCCACCAUGAUACUGCUGUUCUUAUCACUAGGGAAGACAUUUGUGGAGCUAGAGAGAAAUGUGACACAUUAGGUUUAGCAGAAUUGGGUACCCUGUGUGAUCCUUUACGGAGCUGCUCUAUUAGUGAAGAAAAUGGACUCAGUGCUGCCUUUACCAUAGCCCACGAGCUUGGGCAUGUAUUUAAUGUUCCACACGAUGAUAGUUUUAAAUGUAAGGAAACUGGAAUUAAACAUCAGUAUCAUGUAAUGGCUCCAACUUUAAAUUACCACACAAGUCCUUGGACCUGGUCAAAAUGUAGUCAGAAAUACAUCACUGAAUUCCUAGAUACUGGUCAUGGGGAAUGCCUCCUUGACAAACCAAAUGGAAGAAUAUACGAUCUGUCUUCACAACUUCCUGGAUCAGUGUAUGAUGUAAACAAGCAAUGUGAACUUAUGUUUGGUCCUGGUUCACAAGUGUGUCCCUAUUUGAAACAAUGCAGGCGUCUCUGGUGCACGAGUGCAGAAGGAGUUCACAAGGGCUGUCGCACUCAACACAUGCCACUGGCAGAUGGAACAAACUGUGGUCCUGGGAUGCAUUGCCACCAUGGGCUAUGUGUAAACAAAGAAAUGGACACACGUCCUGUAGAUGGCGAUUGGGGACCGUGGGGACCUUACAGUUCUUGUUCAAGAACAUGUGGAGGUGGAAUCAAAAGAUCAACCAGGCUCUGUAAUCGGCCCGAGCCAAGAAACGGAGGAAAGUACUGUGUGGGCCGCAGGAUGAAAUUUCGAUCAUGUAACACUGAUUCAUGUCCAAAAGGCAAGCAGGACUUUCGUGAGAAGCAGUGCUCUGAUUUUGAUGGUAAACAUUUCAACAUCCAUGGUCUGUCCCCUAAUGUGAGGUGGCUUCCAAAGUAUAGUGGGAUUGCCAUGAAAGAUCGUUGUAAACUGUAUUGUCGGGUGGCUGGAACCACUAACUUCUACCAGCUGAAGGACAGGGUUGCCGAUGGUACUCCUUGUGGAACUGAAACAAAUGACAUCUGUGUUCAAGGUCUGUGUCGGCAAGCUGGCUGUGAUCACGUAUUAAAUUCCAAGGCCAGGAGAGACAGAUGUGGAGUGUGUGGUGGGGAUAACUCCUCAUGCAGGACAAUGGCAGGUGCCUUCAACAGUGCCCAUUAUGGUUAUAAUGUCGUUGUAAAGAUUCCCCCAGGAGCAACAAACAUUGAUAUUCUUCAGCACAGCUAUUCUGGAAAACCAGAAGAUGACAAUUACCUGGCAUUAUCAGACACUCAAGGGAAUUUUCUUUUGAAUGGGAAUUUUGUUGUAAGUAUGUCCAAAAAGGAAAUCAACGUACAAGGAGCUAUUUUUGAAUACAGUGGUUCAAACAACUCGAUUGAAAGAAUUAAUAGUACUGAUCGGCUGGAAGAAGAGCUUCUUUUGCAGGUUUUAUGUGUGGGUAAUCUCUACAACCCUGAUGUACGUUAUUCCUUCAAUAUCCCCAUGGAAGAGAAGAGUGAUCUGUUCACGUGGGACCCAUAUGGACCAUGGCAAGACUGUACAAAAAUGUGUCAAGGUCUUCAUAGAAGAAAAAUUAUCUGUGUACGUAAGAGUGAUCAUAUGGUAGUGUCUGAUCAAAGAUGUGACCACUUACCACUUCCAUUGUUGGUGACUGAAAGGUGCAAUACAGACUGUGAACUAAGGUGGCACAUCAUUGGCAAAAGUGAAUGUUCAUCCCUUUGUGGCCAAGGAUAUAAGUCAUUGGACAUCCACUGUAUGAAGUAUUCCAUUCAUAAAGGACAUACUGUUCCAGUAGAUGACCACUACUGUGGUGACCAGCUUAAACCUCCGACCCGAGAACCCUGCCAUGGUGACUGUGUCUUAACAAGGUGGCAUUAUUCAGAAUGGUCCCAGUGUUCCAGGAGUUGUGGAGGAGGGGAGAGGUCUCGAGAAUCUUACUGUAUAAAUAACUUUGGCCACCGUCUUGCUGACAGAGAAUGCCAGGAACUUCCCCGAGUGACAACUGAGAAUUGCAAUGAAUUUUCCUGUCCCAGUUGGGCCACUAGUGAGUGGAGUGAGUGUCUUGUUACAUGUGGAAAAGGAACAAGGCAGCGGCAGGUGUGGUGUCAACUGAAUGAAGAUCACUUGAGUGAUGGCUUCUGUGAUCCAAGCACCAAGCCUGAGUCUUUGAGACCAUGUGAGCUUCAUGCAUGUGCUUCCUGGCAAGUAGGACCAUGGAGUUCUUGCACAGCCACGUGUGGACAGGGGUACCAGAUGCGUGCUGUGAAAUGUGUCAAUGAGCUACUUAGUGCAGUGCUAGAUGAUAGAGUGUGCCAUGGAGCUAGUCGCCCAAGUGACAGGCAGGACUGUAUUGUUACACCUUGCCCAAUUAUCCCUAAAAUUGGGGCCACUUCAUUACCAGCCCUUCCCAUGGGAAAGAUAGCACAAUGGCGAUAUGGUUCUUGGACCCCAUGCUCUGUGUCUUGUGGAAGAGGGAAUCAAGCCCGCUAUGUAAGCUGUCGUGAUGCUCACGAUGGAAUAGCAGAUGAAUCAUAUUGUGCCCACUUACCCCGACCAGCUGAAAUAGCUGUCUGUUUUAGCCCUUGUGGAGAGUGGCAAACAGGGAAUUGGUCACCUUGUUCAGCUUCCUGUGGCCAUGGAAAAACAACUCGACAAGUUUUAUGCAUCAGCUAUCAUCAGCCAAUUAAUGAGAAUUACUGUGACCCUGAAGUCCGCCCUGUGAUAGAACAAGAAUGUAACCUGGCAGCCUGCCCUCCCACAUACAGCCACUUUCCGAGUUCCUCUGAGCAGCCAAGCCAUUUACCAGGCAGGAAUUUUCCAUUAACUCACAAACCAGAAGAUAAUCAAAAUCAGGGGGUCCAUCCAUCAAUCAGAGGAAACCAGUGGAGAACAGGACCAUGGGGAUCAUGCUCUAGCAGUUGUGCUGGAGGUAUUCAGCGUAGAGCUGUGGUUUGCCAGGAUGAAAAUGGACAAAGUGCCAGUUACUGCAAUGCAGCCUCCAAACCCCCAGAAUCAAAGCACUGUGAUUCGGGGCCUUGUCCACGGUGGAGCUACGGAAGCUGGGGAGAAUGUACACAAACAUGUGGAGGAGGAAUAAAAUCACGAUUCGUAAUAUGUCUAUUUCCCAAUGGCCAAAUGUCACGAGAGCAAAACUGUGAAAUCUUAAACAAGCCACCUAGUGUGGUACAAUGUCAUGUGCAUGCUUGCCCUGAUGAUGUAUCAUGGCAUCGGGGACCAUGGAAAUCGUGCUCAGCUCCUUGUGGUAAAGGUUUAAAGUACCGUGAGGUGAUUUGCGUUGACCAAUUCCAUGGGAAAUUAGAAGAAAAAUAUUGCAGUCAUCUACAGAAACCUCGAACUCAUAAAGCUUGUAGAUCUGUCAGAUGCCCUUCAUGGAAAGCCAAAAAAUGGAAUGAGUGUUCAACGUCAUGUAAGAAAAGAGAGACACAUCGGCAAGUGAAGUGCGUGGGUGCACAAAACACGCAAGUGAAUGAAAGUUUCUGCGAUCCUUCAACCAGACCUCUUGCAGUCAGAAAGUGCAGAAACCCUACCUGCAAGUAUAUUGUGGUAACGGGAGACUCAUCACAGUGUGCAGGUAACUGUGGAUUUAGUUACCGACAAAGGAUUUCAUAUUGCAUUGGGAUCCGAUCUACUGAGAAAUAUAAGCUUCAUGAGCUGUGGCCUAUAGACUAUCAAGAAUGCCCUGUGCUGCCUUCCCCUCAGGUUUACAAAUGCAAUUUUAGAACCUGUUUGCAUAUGGCCACUUGGAAAGUUGGAAAAUGGAGCAAGUGCUCUGUGACUUGUGGAGUUGGGAUAAUGGAGAGAAGAGUGGAAUGCAUAGCUGACAAUGGUUGGUCCAGUGACUUAUGUUUAAAGAGUUUAAAACCAGAUGCUCAAAAGAAAUGUUAUGUCCAUGACUGUAAAACAUUUACCAGCUGUAAAGAAAUCCAAGUGAAAAACAACAUUACCAAAGAUGGUGACUAUUACCUUAACAUUAAAGGAAGAAUAAUAAAGAUCUAUUGUGCUGGCAUGCACUUGCAGAACCCCAAGGAAUAUAUAUCAUUGGUCAAAGGUGAAGAAGACAACUUUUCUGAAGUAUAUGGCUUUAGACUGCAAAAUCCAUAUGAAUGUCCUUUUAAUGGAAGCAGGAGGCAAGACUGUGAGUGUAAAAAUGACUACUUGGCUGCUGGACACACUGUUUUCAGCAAAAUAAGAAUUGAUCUUAAUUCCAUGCAAAUUAAAACUACAGACCUUCUUUUUGCCCAGACAGUAUUUGGAAACGCAGUUCCAUUUGCCACAGCUGGAGAUUGCUAUAGUGCAGCCAGAUGCCCACAGGGACAAUUCAGCAUUAAUUUGGCUGGAACUGGAAUGAAGAUAUCCAGUACAGCAAAGUGGCUUGCUCAGGGCACUUAUGCCUCUGUCAUCAUUCACAGAUCACAAGAUGGAACCAAAGUCUACGGCAGAUGUGGAGGGUUCUGUGGAAAGUGUAUUCCUCACAUGACUACUGGUCUCCCAAUUCAAGUAAUAUGAACAUUCAGAAGUGGGAAGUGUGUCCCAAAGAGGAGACAUUCUCUGGAAACUGCAAAUAGCUGGUGCUUGUUUCUUUACCCUUCCCUUCCUGAGAUUUCCAUGUCUAAAAUGUCUGUGCCUUUUUUUCAGGGCGCUCAUCAGGGAGUCACAUCACUGCUUAAUUUUUCAAGGCCUUCAAAAUAAACUGAGCGAUAUGUGAUUCUAAUCUGGAUCCUUAAAAGGAUAUAGUAAUUUAUGGUAGGGUAUACAGGGAUGCUUGAAUUAUACCAAGAUAAUAUUGCUGUUAACAGCUUGGACUGGACCACAAUUACCUUAUGCCUAUAAACACACAUGUAAAUCUCUGCUCUGGUAUCCUACUGUACAAUGAAUGUUUAUUCUACUUGUUAAAAUGGAGCAAGUAAAAAUUAGGAAAAUGAACUUAUUUAAAACUGCGAUAAACAUAUUGAAUCUGUCAGGUGAAUAGCAAAUCAAUAGUCACAUCAAAAAAAGUACAUAGCCAUUAUACUUUCUACUGAUACAGCUUAGAUACUUUGUUUUAUGUUUCCUUUAAUUUUUAAUUGUGCAUUAUGGUGCUUGAAAAAAAUCAUCCUAAAAUAUGGUAUAAUUUUGUAUUUAAAAUAUAUGCUUUGGUUAAACACUAAAUAUGAAAUUUUGUGGGAAUAAUACAGAAGAAGAUAUGAUAUAGUAGGAUUUGACUUAAAACACCUACCUCUAAUUUGAUUGUACUUAUAAGAGCAAUACAUUGUUUUUAUAAUGUGUAUAUUCUAUCAUGUCUUUACAGAUCUUAUAUAUGUAUAUGUCUACUCUUAAAAAAUUAAUUUUCUCACAGUUAAGUACUGUAUUUUAUUAAUCAAGUAGAAAAUUGAGAAUUAUUGACAUGUUGAAGAUCCUAUUUUGGUAAACAUAAAAUUAUGUUUACAUUUGCAAAAUUUUUAUUAGAGACGUUCAAGUUAUUUCAUAUCUGAGGUAUCUCAAAACCAGAACAUAAAAGAUAGUAUAAAAAUUAACUAUUCAUGGACAAAUUCUCAGGUAUUAAGAGAUUUUUUUCAGGUGAAUAAUUUGUGUAUUAUAUAAUAAUGUGAUUUUAAAAGAAUCAUAGACAAAUAAUAUUUUUCUAUGGCAACCUACUUUAUAAACCAAGAAAACUGAAUCUACUAAUAGAUUUUUGCCAGUAAAUAGUAGUGUACUAGUUUUGCCCACAAAGUUUUUCUUUUUCAAAGAUUUAUUAGGGGUAUAUUGUACCAUAUAAGGUACUAAAGCAAUUUUGUGCCAGUGUGGUUAGAUAAACAUUUAGGGAUCUCUGUAUCAGAAAAGAAGUAUUUUGCACUAUGUGCCUGAAACCAG